GCCUCCCCCUGCCCCAUGGGGGUCGGGCCACACCGCGGGCCGGGACGGCGCCUGCGGUCGGGACGCCGCGAGCCACUCACCCCACGCCGCGCCCGCCGCGCGCCAGGCUCCCUGGCGCGGAGAAGGGAGCGCACCCCCGGCAACCGCCCCCCGCCCCAAAACGGGCCGCCGCCGGAAGCUCGACCUGCACUUCCGGCGGCGGGCGGGGGCCGAAGGCGGCCGCCGAGCUUGCUGGGAGUCGUAGUUCCGGGCCGCUCUGUGGCGGAAAUGCGGGGGCGAGCGUCACGUAACGUGGUCACGGGGGCCGCCGGGAAGUGUAGUCCGCAGGACUCAAGCAUGAACGCGACGGGCGUGAGGAUGGUGACCCGGAGCCGCAGCCGGGGCCCGGGGGCCGGGCCGCGGGGGGGUGGGGAGAAGGCCGCGCCGCUCUGGAGGGGAGAGGCGGCUGCAGAAGGAAGGAAGAGCCCCAGCCCUUCGAGGCAUCGGCGGAAGACACAAAAACUGAAUGUGGCCUACGAUCGGGAGGAAGAAGACCCCAAACGCCCCAGGGUACCAAGCUGGGAGCCCCGGGACUGGCGGCAGCAGCUGCUGAACAUCCGCACCAUGAGGAGCGGGAAGGACGCACCUGUGGACUGGCUGGGGGUUGAGCACUGCUACGACUCCGACGCACCCCCAAAGGUGCGGAGGUACCAGGUGCUGCUGUCGCUGAUGCUCUCCAGCCAAACCAAAGACCAGGUGACAGCGGGUGCCAUGCAGCGGCUGCGGGCUCGGGGCCUGACAGUGGACAGCAUCCUGCAGACGGAUGACAGCACGCUGGGCACGCUCAUCUACCCCGUCGGCUUCUGGAGGAGCAAGGUAAAGUACAUCAAGCAGACCAGUGCCAUCCUGCAGCAGCGCUAUGGCGGGGACAUCCCAGAUUCCCUGGCAGAGCUCGUGGCACUGCCAGGCGUUGGACCCAAGAUGGCACACUUGGCCAUGGCGGUGGCCUGGGGCACCGUGUCAGGCAUCGGUCCUGUCUGCAAGCAGCGGUGGACACGCAUGUGCACAGAAUUGCCAACAGACUCGGGUGGACCAAGACAGCGACCAAUUCCCCGGAGAAGACUCGUGCUGCCCUGGAGGAGUGGCUGCCCCGGGAGCUGUGGGGCGAGAUCAACGGACUGUUGGUGGGCUUCGGCCAGCAGACUUGUCUGCCCGUCCACCCACGCUGCCAGGGCUGCCUCAACCGGACACUGUGCCCGGCCGCGCGGGGCCUCUGAGGACCAUGGUGCUUCGGCCCCGGAUGCCGUUCUGGGUAGUGCGCUGCGUGCCUUUGCUGGGGAGCCCCAGCCUGUUUGUAAUAAAGCUUGGGAGUUGUUUGCAGUUGGGGUCUGAGUUUUGUUUUGGUUU